UGUCAAAGGAGGAACAUGCGCGUUGGUGCGAGAGGGCUGGGAGAGGUUUGGACUCGGGAGCUCUUUAACCUCCAUCCGCGGCGGUAGCAGGGAUGCGCGAGACAAACGGCGGAUACCGCGGAAGGGCUGGCUAAAGAUGGAGGGCUAAUUCACGAUGCAAAGCGGGCAGAGAAGUCGAAUCGCAGUGGGAUUUCUGCCGUUCGAAGCGCUUACCUUCUGAAUCCGUCGGGCAUCGUUCCGAUCGGGGAUCGGUCAUGGGGAACGAGGCGAGUGCGGAGGGUGGGGAAGGGGGGCUCGCUGGAUUGCCAGGAGGGGACGCAUCCGAUGGCAAAGGGGGCUCCGUUCAGGUCCCGGCAGGAAUGGAGGCGGAUCUAAGCCAGCUGAGCGAGGAGGAGAGGAAACAGAUCGCCGCUGUAAUGUCAAGGGCGCAAGCGAAGCCUGGAAGCGCAAGGGAUGCGCCGUCGCAAAGGAAACCCGAGGUGGACGCGAGCCGUCGGCCGCAGCGGACAGGACAGCCCUCCUCCGCCCAGGGCCCUUCCGGGAUAAGCAAGAGCCAGACGGUUGAUGCCCUCCGGGCGGGUCCGGCAGGCAGGCAGGCCCCGCCGGGGAAGAGCCCGUCGUCCGCCGGCCUCGCGGAGCCGCGCCCGCGGCCCGAGGCCAAAGACCCGCCCCGAGCCGCCAUGUUCUCCUCCAACUUCCUGAGCGGGGCCAACCCGCUGAGCGCCGUCUCCUCCGCCGUCAACAAGUUCAGCCUGUUCGGGGAACAGGGGGAGGAGGGGGAGGAGGAGGAGGAGGAGGAUGAGGAGGAAGAGGAGGAGGAGGUGAAGGGGAAACCGGCCCAGCAGCAGGGACAGAAGGCCGGCACCGGGAAAGCCCCGCAGAAGCAGCAGGGGGGUCCUCCAAAACAGGGACAAGGGGCCCCACAGCAGAGAGGCCCUCCUCAGCAAGCGUCCGGAAAGCCUGGACCCCAACCGCAGGGCCCCCAGGGGCCUCCAAAACAAGGGGGGCCACAACAGCAGGGCCCCCAGGGGCCUCCAAAACAAGGGGGGGCACAACAGCAGGGCCCCCAGGGGCCUCCAAAACAAGGGGGGGCACAACAGCAGGGCCCCCAUGGGCCUCCAAAACAAGGGGGGCCACAACAGCAGGGCUCCCAGGGACCUCCAAAACAAGGGGGGCCACAACAGCAGGGCCCUCCCCAUGGUGGACCCCAGCAUCCAGGGCCUGGAAAGCCUGGGGCCCAACAGCAGGGCCCUCAGGGGGCUGCAAAGCAAGGAGGCCCCCAACUGCAGGGCCCUCCUCGCAGUGGAUCCCAGCCUCAGGGCCCUGGAAAGCCUGGGCCCCAGCUGCAGGGCCCACCGGGACCACCCGGGGCUCAACCUGCAGGGCCCGCCCCUCAGGGACCCGGCAAAGCCGGUCCGCCGGGCCCGAAAUCCCUCUGCCCGCUCUGCAAGAGCACCGAACUGAACCGGCACAGCGCGGAGCGGCCCAACUACAGCACCUGCACCCAGUGCCAGGCCGUGGUGUGCAGCCUCUGCGGCUUCAGCCCGCCAGACUCCGUGGGGAAGGAGUGGCUGUGUCUGAACUGUCAGAUGCAGCGGGCGCUGGGGGGCGUGGACCCCCCCGGGCCCCCCGUGGUGAAGCCCCAGGCGUCGCCCCUGAAGCAGACCCCGAAGGCCGAGCCCAGCAAGCCGCCGGAGACCAAGAGGCCCUCCCCGCUCACCAGACCGCAGACUGGCCCGGACGCUGGGAAGCCGGCCACCCCUCCAGCCACCCCGCCGCCUGCUCAGAAAGGCCCCGGUCCGUCCACCCCGCCGCCUGCUCAGAAAGGCCCCGGUCCAAAAGGCCCCGGUCCGUCCACCCCACCGCCUGCUCAGAAAGGCCCCGGUCCAAAAGGCCCCGGUCCGUCCACCCCGCCGCCUGCUCAGAAAGGCCCCGGUCCAGCCACCCCACCGCCUGGUCAGAAAGGCCCCAGUCCAAAAGGCCCCGGUCCGUCCACCCCACCGCCUGCUCAGAAAGUCCCCGGUCCAGCCACCCCACCGCCUGCUCAGAAAGGCCCCGGGCCAAAAGGCCCCGGUCCGUCCACUCCACCGCCUGCUCAGAAAGGCCCCGGUCCAGCCACCCCAGCGCCUGUUCAGAAAGGCCCCGGUCCGUCCACCCCACCACCUUCUCAGAAAGGCCCCGGUCCGUCCACCCCACCGCCUGCUCAGAAAGGCCCCGGUCCAUCCACCCAACAGCCUGCUCAGAAAGGCCCCGGUCCGUCCACCCCACCGCCUGCUCAGAAAGGCCCCGGUUUGGCUACAGGGCAGCCCAAGCCAGCAGGACCACUGCCUGUUUCAACACAGGACUCCGCCCAGCCAGGGCAACAAGGUCCCCAGCAAAAGCCGCCCCAGCAAACGCCCCCCCAGCAGACGCCGAAAAGCAGCCCGGGUCCCUCCCCCGCCAAGUCCGCGGCUCCCCCGCAGGCUCCGCCCCCCAGGCAGCAGGAGUCCGGCUUCUUCGGCCUGAGCUUCGGCUCCAGGCCCCAGGUCGCGCCCGCCCAGCCCGCCCCCGGCCCGUCCGUCUCGGGCAAGGUGUUCGGCUUCGGGUCGUCCAUCUUCAGCUCCGCCUCCAGCCUCAUCGCCUCCGCGGUGCACGACGAGCCCCCCGCCGCCGCCGCCGCCGCCCCCCCGGCCUCUCCCCGAAAACUGGCCGAAGCCGAACCGCGGCAGGCCAAGGCCCCGCCCCAGGCUGCCCCCAAACAGGCCGCCGAGCCCCCCUCCUCCACCCCGCCUCCCAAAGCGACCGAACCCGCCCCACCUCCUUCUAAAGCGGCCCAACCCGCGACCCAACCCGCCCCUCCUCCCCCCAAAGCCAGCGACCCCACCCCCCCUCUGGAGACCUGCCCUCUCUGCAAGGUGGAGCUGAACCUGGGCACCGGCGCCCCGCCCAACUACGACGUCUGCACCGAGUGUCGGCAGACCGUCUGCAACCUGUGCGGGUUCAACCCCAUGCCCCACCUCACGGAGAAAGAGUGGCUCUGUCUGAACUGCCAGACGCAGCGGGCCCUGGCAGGACAGCUGGGGGACAUGGGCAGUAUGCCCCCUCCGAUGCCCGUGCCGACGAAACCGCAGCCGCCAGCCGGCACGGCACCCAAGAGCCAGCCUUCCCCCGCCAAGCAGCCGACCGCACCGGUCGUCGCGGCGUCCGCCCCGCCCAAACCUGCGCCCGGCCAACCAAAGACAGACCCGGCCAAGGCUGCCGCCCCGGCCCAGACCGUUCAGGCCCCUCCUCCGGAGAAGGGAGCAGCGAGGGCGGCCGCGGGCGACCACGCGCCACCACAGAAGCCCGGCGUGGCAGAAAGGCAGAAAGAGAACAGUGAAGUUGGAGUGGUAGAGACAGAAGAUAAGAAAAUGAUGGCGGAAGCAACCAAUCAGCAGGAGAAAGGAGGUAAAUCUGACACCUCGGGUUCUUCACAACAGAAGAGUCCUCAAGGCUUAAGCGACACAGGGUACUCAUCUGAAGGUAUCUCAGGGUCACUGGGCGAAAUUCCCUCAGUUGUUCCAAUAAUGGAGAAAGAGCCAUUGAUUGAAUCUGUCCAAAAGGAUACUGUCAAACAAGACACAAGUCCGACAAGUCCCUCGGACCUAGCCAAGUUGGAGAGUACAAUGCUUCCGAUAUUAGAAGCUCAGACAUUCAGGACUAGGAAGGAAGAUCCCUGCAGCACUUACGAAGCAGAGACCGAGCGACACAGGAAAAAAAUAUUACCAGUUUCCUCUGAAUCGUACAGUUCAGGAGAAGAAGCACUUCAAACUGCCCGAGAGACGGAUACAUCUUUUGCGAAGGAGCCCGCUGGCGACUCGGUUGCCAGGAAGGAACGCAAGAAACUGCACGUGCUCACAGAAGCGGCGCCGGGGAGGAGGCAGCACUUCGACUCGGUUGACGACAGCAGCGAGAGCGAGCCGUCGCCCCAGCUGCAGAGGAGAAGGAGACUCAGCACCACGUCGUCCAGCAGUGAGGACUACAAAAAAGAUAGUCCAUGUUCCGGAGAUGAGGAGGAGUUCAUCCGGAAACAGAUUAUGGGGAUGACCGCAGACGAGGAGCCGUCACCCUCAGAUGAGGAUAGUUACGUGCACGAGCAGAUCAGGGAACAGGAGCAGCAACGGGAAGAAGAGGAGAGAAAAAGCGAAGAGAAAAGUGCAUCCGAGAAAUUACAACCUCUCGUCAGAAAGGGCAGCAUUGGUCAGGAGGAUGAGUCUACAAGACGUCACUUACUACCGGAGACCGAGGUGCCAGAGACCAAAACAGUGAGUCUAGAGGACCGGGAAAGCUUAAGUGAAGCCGAAGGCAUGCGACACUUCAAGCCAAUUGAGCUCAACAGUAAAGCAGCAGCUCUCGAGCGGCAGGCUACGGACGACGGGGACCAAGAAGUGGAGAGCCUCACCGAAUCACCUGACGACAGGUCGAGGGGCGAGGGGUCGUCCAGUGUGCAUGCAUCUAGCUUCACGCCAGGGACGUCCCCCACCUCAGUGUCCUCGCUAGACGAGGACAGCGACAGCAGCCCGAGCCGCAAGAGAAUGACCAGCGAGGGGAAGCACAGGAAAUCCCGGCACAGACAGCACGGCCAGAUGCUCCCAACCAUCGAGGACUCGUCUGAAGAGGAAGAGAUGCGAGAGGAAGAGGACCUUCUCAGGGAACAGGAAAUGCAGCGGGAGAUUGAUCACCAGCAGGGGAAGAAGGGGAAAAAAUCAAAGAGAGACAAAGAGGAGCUGCGGGCCCAGAGGAGACGAGAAUAUCCGAAAACACCGCCAAGCAAUCUCUCUCCUAUUGAGGAUGCCUCGCCAACAGAAGAGCUGCGCCAGGCUGCGGAGAUGGAAGAGCUCCACAAAUCCUCUUGCUCUGACUACUCUCCAAGCAUUGAGUCUGAACCAGAGGGGUUUGAAACAAGCCUCAGCCCUCUUGCGCAGAAAGACGACCAGCUGUCGACAUCAACUUCAGCCUAUUCUCCAACUGAUGAGCCACCUGUGACCAAAGAUACAACACAGAAAGUUUUAAAGAGCGCAGAUGAAGCCUACGAGGAGCUAAUGCAGAAAGCUAAAACUCUUGAAGGUGAGGAGAUGGAACCACCACCGGAGAUAGAACCACUUUACAGUGGCAUGGUAAUCGAAGACUACAUGUAUGAGUCAUUAAUUGAAGAGCAGGGCACUUUGGCAGAAUGUGUGGCUGAGCAGCAAGACUCCAGCAAGAUCUCGAUUCAGCAGCCCUUGAAGAAACUCAGAUCACCAGAUGAAGUGUAUGAAGAUAUGAUGCAGAAAAGGAAAGAAAUGAUGCAAAAAGGACAGGAACUUCAACAAACACGGCCAAUAAAUGAAACUCCUGUGCUUGAGACAGUUUGCCCACCUGCUGUUUACGAAACUUGUUAUGUUCCCAUGCCUGCAAGUGACACAGCUUCCCCAGGAAAGGAUGGAAAACCACUUUUAGAUGCUGAGGCAGCAUAUGAGGAAUUAAUGAAACAGCAAAGAAUGAAUCGUACACAUGGAAGCAGCCCAACCCAGCCGGUCUCUAAUCAACAUGAUUCACCAGAGGUGAUUGUGAUUCCCUCAGGGGCUGCUGUUGAAGAGGUUCAAGAAGAAUCCAUAGUGUCAAUUCCAGUUAUUGCUCAAGAGCCUAGUGUUGAGACAUCGAUUGUUUCUUCUGAUGCUGUAAUCCACAGAUCCCUCUAUCCCAUUCCUGACCUGAAAAUUACGCAGUGUUCCUCUGGGGAAGAGGAUAUUGAAGAAGAGAACAGUUUUGAUCAAGAAGAGGAGCCAGUUUCUUCAUCCGACAUUCCACAAGCCAGUCAAACUGUAGUCAAAGAACAACCAUCACCUGAAAGCUCUGUACCUACAGCAGAACCAGGAGAUGGUGCUGCUGACCAAGAACUAAUAUCAGUUGUUAGUGAAGUUCCACAGCCACAGGAGACUCCAGCUCUUGCUCCUACUCCAACUCCAGCCAAGGCUUCUGUUGCUGCUCCAGCUCCAACUCCUUCUCCACCUCCAGCUGCAGCUCCAACUCCUGCUCCAGCUCCACCUCCAGCUGCAGCUCCAACUCCUGCUCCAGCUCCACCUCCAGCUGCAGCUCCAACUCAUGCUCCAGCUCCACCUCCAGCUGCAGCUCCAAGCCCUGCUCCACCUCCAGCUGCAGCUCCAACUCCUGCUCCAGCUCAACCUCCAGCUGUAGCUCCAAGUCCUGCUCCACCUCCAGCUGCAGCUCCAAGUCCUGCGCCACCUCCAGCUGCAGCUCCACGUCCUGCUCCACCUCCAGCUGCAGCUCCAAGCCCUGCUCCAGCUCCACCUCCAGCUCCAACUCCUGCUCCAGCUCUACCUUCAGCUCCAACUCCUGCUCCAGCUCAACCUCCAGCUGUAGCUAAAACUCCUGCUCCACCUCCAGCUGCAGCUCCAAGACCUGCUCCACCUUCAGCUGCAGCUCCAAGUCCUGCUCCAGCUCCAGCUGCAGCUUCAGCUCCUGCUCCAGCUCAACCUCCAGCUGUAGCUAUAACUCCUGCUGCAGCUCCAACUCCUGCUCCACCUCCAGCUGCAGCUCCACCUCCAAGUCCUGCUCCACCUCCAGCUGCAGCUCCAAGCCCUGCUCCACCUCCAGCUGCAGCUCCAAGUCCUGCUCCACCUCCAGCUGCAGCUCCAAGCCCUGCUCCACCUCCAGCUACUGCUCCAUCACCAACUCCACCUCCAGCUGCAGCUCCACCUCCUGCUACUGCUACAACUCCAGCUACUGCUCCACCUCCAGCUGUAACUCCAGCCAUAGCAUCUGCUCCAACACCAGCACUAACUCAAAGCCCAGCUCUUAUUUCAAAGCCUGUGUCAGUUGUUAAUGAAGUUCCACAGCCUAAAGCAACUCUGGAGUCGGUUGUAAAUGCUUCAACUCUGGUUUCAGAACAAACAUCUUUUGUUUGUGAUAUUCCAGAGCCACGACACAGUCCAGUUGAGAUCGUAACCACAUCUCCCAUCUCAGUAACUUCAACUCCAGUUUCAACUCCAGAUAAAAUUUCUGCUGUGUCUGACAUUCAGCAGUCAAGGCCUGUUCCAGAUCAAGGUCCUGUGCAAGUUUCAGCUCCAGCCUCUUGUUCGGUUCCAAGGUCAGAGUCAGUUGCAGUACCAGUCCCUGUUUUAGUUCCAACUCUUCCUGAAGCUGCAGUCACCUCAGAUACAGAUUCAGAGUCAAUUUCUGUUGUUUGUGAAGUUCCACUGAGAGAGGUCACUGUAGAUAUAAUAACAGCACCAGUUGCACCUCCAGUUCCAGUUCCAGAACCAGUCUCAGCUCCAAUCACUGUCAGGGUUCCGAGUACAGAACCAGUUUCAACUCCAGUCCAUGUUUCAGUUCUGAUUCCAGAGCCAGUUCCUGUCAUGGUUCCAGUUCCAGGACCUGUUUCAGUUCCAGUUCAUGUUUCAGCUCCAGUUCCAGGACCAGUUUCAGCUGCACUUCCUGUCAUUGUCCCAACUGCACAAACAGUACCAGCUCAAAUCCCUGCUCCAGUUUCAGUAUCAGAACCAGUUUCAGCUCCAGUCCAUGUUGCAGUUCCAAUUCCAGAACCAGAUGCAGUUCCCGAACCAGUUUCAGCUGCAGUCCCUGUCAUUAUCCCAACUGCACAAACAGUACCAGCUCAAAUCCCUGCUCCAGUUUCAGUAUCAGAACCAGUUUCAGCUUCAGUCCAUGUUGCAGUUCCAAUUCCAGAACCAGAUGCAGUUCCCGAACCAGUUUCAGCUGCAGUCCCUGUCAUUAUCCCAACUGGACAAACAGUAUCAGCUCAAAUCCCUGCUCCAGUUUCAGUAUCAGAACCAGUUUCAGCUCCAGUCCAUGUUGCAGUUCCAAUUCCAGAACCAGAUGCAGUUCCCGAACCAGUUUCAGCUGCCCUUCCUGUCAUUAUCCCAACUGCACAAACAGUAUCAGCUCAAAUCCCUGCUCCAGUUGUCAUUCCAGAACCAGCUUCAGUUCCGCUCUCUGCUAUGGGUCAAACUGCCGAAUCAGUUUCAGCUCCAGCUAUUGUUUCAGCCACACCUCCCGCCUCUGUUUCAGAACCUUCUCCAGUUCCCCCAGCUGAAAUCAUAGCACCCUGUCCCCCACCACAGCCACCUUUGACUACAUCAAUCACUUUGCCACAAACAGUUACAAAAAUCCCAGUGGCAGUGGCUAUCCCAUAUGUUGCCCCAGCAAGUUCCAUGACAUCAACACCCUCCCUGCCUAUAGAAACUGUGGUUGUGGACAUCCAACCUAAGAUGGAGGAUUCCCUCCUGUCUCAGUUUUCAGUUUCUGAGACAUCUGUUACUCUGCCUUUACCAGUGACUGUUUCAAGUAUAAUCUCUGCUGCACCAGUAGCUCUCUCUGUUUCCCCACCUGAAAUGCAGACUGCUCAAGGACAUGUGGUUAUUUCAGUGCCUAGCGUAGAUAGUAUUUCUGUGAUUGCCCAUGCAACACAAGAUAUAGUGGCCAGUGCUGUAUCAGUGGCAGCUGCUUGUCCUGUGAUUGAAGCUACAAGUCAGAUCAGUUCGACACUUCCUCCUCUUAGUUCAUUUUCAGACUCUACACCUACUGCUGUUGUGAGUGUUCCACCAAUACCUACUUUACCUCAAUAUGCUCCUGUUGUGUCUAGUGUAGUAUCCGCCACUGUUUCAGCCAGUGUCUCUACAACUCAGCCACUAACAUCUGCCCCACAAGUACCCCCCAAACCUCUAGCCCUGCUCAGAACCUCAUCUCAGGAAAAGGUGGACAUAUCUAUCAUAGCUUGUCCCCCUCCACCUCCACCGCCUCCACCCUUACCCCCUCCUACCCUACCUAAGCCAGCCCUCUACCCACAGAAGCCUCCAUUCGGCACCCCUCAGGUAUUUUCAUCUGCUGUGGCAGUGCCUGUUUCAACAACGAUGACAGCGGCUCAAGUAACAGUAACGACCACAGGCCCAACAGCAGUAAAAAUUUCGACAGGCCCUACUUACAAGCCGACCGUACCCCCUCCCGUACCGCCAAAACCUGCAACCAUUCCCGCUGGUUUGAUUUUCAGUCACAAACCAGGGGAAACUGUGAGACCUCCGGUUGCUCCAAAGCCAGUCGCAGCCCAGCAGAUGAUCACAGUGUCACAGGCAGGACCUGUAGCCCCAGUACGUACCAGUGACAUGACCCUGAAUCUGAGCGCACUUCCAGAAUGCAGGCUGAGUGCCACAUCACCCAGAUCUCCUUUGUCCCCCAGAUACGCCAGCUCUCUCCAUGAAACUUAUGUGGUCAUCACGUUACCAUCGGAGCCUGGUACUCCCAUCGAAGGCAUUAUGACCCAAGCUCCCACAAGUCCAGCCGCAGUGUCCCCAUCAAAACAGCAGCCGCAGUCGGCGCCUGCAGCCCCAGUAGCUUUCACUCAGUAUACAAAAUCAGUGGAGAGCCAAGAAAUACAGGGAUCGGAGAAAGUUCUUUCGAGCAUGAGUCAUGUCUAUUCCUCCAUUUCGACUGCAGCGCAGCCCGCUGAAACUCUGCCCAGCCUUGUCGCCCAGGUCGUAACCACGGAGGUCCAAAGAACCACGGUGUCUGUUGUCCGUGAAAGACUGCCUGGGACGCCCCCGUCUCCGGCAACAAGAGCAGACAGCGUUGCCAUCGCCAUUCCCCCAGAAACUGCAAAAAUCCCGCCAAAGCCGAAAGAGAAUGGGAGGAUGUACUACUCUUCAGAUGUUGUUGAUCUUCGAACCUUGAGGCUCAAUGUCGAAAUGACUGAUAAAGGGUUGGAUCUAUCUGCCCCGAAUUCAAGACGACAGUCUUUCUCCAGCGACAGCAGUGGGCGCCAGACAAGUGCAGUGCAGCCAGCGGUGGUGAACCUCAGUGCGGAGUCCGUGCCGGCUCCAACUCUGUCUGUGGUGACUGAUAGCAUUACCAUUGUUACUUGUACGGCCACAAUAGCUUACAAUAAUGGCGCUGCUGAUAGGCCGCUGGAUCUUGGACAUGUCGGGUCUACGUUAAUGCCUCUUCAGCUCACAACAUCCAAGCCAUUUGAGCCAGUUUCCCAGAUAAUAUAUAGAGCUUUAGAUUCCCAGCCCACACCUGUUUCCAAUGCAGAUGCCCCCAUUAAUCUGUCUUUUGGAGCCAUGACAAAUUUGGAACAUCUGGGGGCGCCUGUGACAGUUGCCCCAGCCAGCCUAACCAAUGGCAUCAGUCUUCCUUCACGUGUAGAGGCGGGGCUAGUUGGGGCCAUAGACCUGACCACAUCAAAGCCUCUUGAAACUAUGGUUGCUGGUGAUGGGUCUAAUUCAGCUGUGGUAAGCAGCAUCAUUGAAGACGACGGCAAGCCUGUGGACCUUACAGCCGGGAGACGUGUUAUUUGCUGUGAUGUGGUGUACAGUCUUCCUUUUGUAGGGAGCUGUGGAACACAGCAACCGCCAAUCACGCUAUCCGAAGACCACCUUGGCUACAAAGAUGAUAGUUAUCAGUACGAUCACACCGGCACCUGUGGUACUAAUGGUUCCGAUGGCGCGGCACCCUCCAUCUCUGAAAAUAAUUUAGGAGAGUCUGGGUUAUUGUUCUGCAAAAACAAAAACGGUUAUGGCUAUCCGAAUGGAGCCACGGAGGGUGCAGUGGACUUGACUGCUGGGAAGAUGUCCGCAGGUGAAAUUAUGGACUACUCAAGCAAGGGUGCAGGAGCCUAUUCUGGAAUGACCAUUCCUCAAUAUUCCCAAGCCAGAAUCACUCCUACUGUGGGAACACACUUUGGUGUAAAUAGUGUCCUCAGGUCCUCAAAUGGGGUGGUGUACUCUUCCAUAGCCGCACCAGUUCCAUCCACAUAUGCAAUCACUACCCAGCCAGGAUCACUAUUUAGUACAACAUACAACGCCUUGCCAGGAAUGCACGCUCAUGACACUGUGCCAGCAGCACCUCUGGAAGACCAGACCCUUUCACAGUCCUACAGUUUCUUACCCACUGCAGCCUCAGUGCAAGAACAAUCUGUCAGCCAAGAGAUGGGCGGGAUGUCUGCGGCGUUCCCCCAGCUGCUUCCCGCCGGGACGUCGCUCCACGACGCGUACACGGACGCGUCGCUGGAGGCCAUAGCUGCGUCGCUGGAGGCCUUGGCCUCUCCGCUGAUGGCGGACGACGCGCAGCAGCAGUACCAGAUGGAGCGAGACUUCCUGGAGCUGGAGAAGAUGAAGCAGUUCCGACUGGCCGAGGAGCUGGAGUGGGAGCGGCUGGAGAUCCAGAGGUUCCGCGAGCACGAGCAGCUGCUCGUCCAGAAGGAGCUGGAGGAGCUGCAGUCAAUGAAGCAGCAGCUCCUCCUGCAGCAGGAGGAGGAGCACCAGGCCCACCUGCUGAUGCAGCAGGAGACCUACGCCCAGCAGCAGCUCCAGCUGGAGCAGAUCCAGCAGCUCCAGCAACAACUCCAGCAGCAGCUGGAGGAGCAGAAAAUGAGACACUUGUACCCAUAUGGCUAUGAACCGUCGGAAGGAGGCUCACUCACUGGCUCCGAGCAGGUGCCCCUGGACCAGCAGUACGUAGCGGGAGACAACGGGCAGUACUGGCCGGUGCAGGACGACGCCACCACGUCAUCCUCAGCCACCGGCCUCGAACUGCAGCAGAACACCACCUGGUACACGGUUCCCACGGAGGGAGUCGCCCACUACAUCACCAGCUUGCCAAGCUCAACCGAAACACCACAGAACGAGAACCAAAGGCAUCUGCAGGUCGCCCAAAGGGCGACCACGGUUCCCAACAAGAAGAUCGUAGACAGCGGGGUUCAGACCGACGAGGAGGAUGGCACGGAGAAGGCCUACUCCGGACGGAAGAGGAGGAACAAGAAGAGCGUGGACUCCAGUGUCCAGACAGACGAUGAGGACCAGGAUGACUGGGAUAUCCCCGCGAGGAGCAGGCGUAGGUCACGCUCCAGCAAGCAGGGAUCCAAGGUCUCCAGCAUCGCCAUCCAGACUGUUGCCGAGAUCUCAGUGCAGACGGAUCCUUCCGGAACUAUCAAAAGGCCAUCGGUCAAGGCUCAGUUUGACACCAAGCUGGAGAUCGGAAGGCACGGCUCCUCGUUAGAAAGGACCUACAGAGGAGGCAGUGCAACCUGCCAGGCAGACACGGGCUCUGGCACGUCGUCUCCCGAGAAGGAUAGGAGGCGGCCCACCCCCUUAGAGAUCGGCUACAGCACCCACCUGAAGGCUGACUCCUCCCUCCAAGUCGCGCCUUCCCCUCCCAAGUCCCCCAAAGUGCUGUACUCGCCCAUCUCACCCCUGUCCCCGAGCAAAUCGAUAGAAAGAGCUCAAUAUGAUAAAUCCGUCGGGGAAGUGAGCCCCCAGAAAAUGUUGACUGCGGAUCCGUCUAAGCCCCCUCAAGGACGGACGAUGAAGGCCACGCAACGCUCCCAGAGUCCUGCAGAGGAGAGGGCUGGGGCUGGUUUCCAGUACGCCGACAUUUACUCAAGCAAAGGUUCGCAGAGCAGCACUCCGUCGGGCACUCAGAAGAAAGUGAAACGCACCCUCCCGAACCCGCCGCCGGAGGACGACGCCGCCGGCAGCCAAUCGGGAUACAGCACGGGCUCCGCCCGCCGGCGCCUGUGCAGGAACACCACCAUCGCCCGGGCCAAGAUCCUGCAGGACAUCGACCGGGAGCUGGACCUGGUGGAGCGGGAGUCCUCCAAGCUCCGCAAGAAGCAGGCCGAGCUGGACGAGGAGGAGAAGGAGAUCGACGCCAAGCUGCGCUACCUGGAGAUGGGCAUCAACCGGAGGAAGGAGGCCCUGCUGAAGGAGAGGGAGAAGCGGGAGAGGGCCUACCUGCAGGGCGUGGCCGAGGAGCGGGACUACAUGUCCGACAGCGAGGUCAGCAACAUCCGGGAGCCCCGGGGCGGGAACGGGCACGGGCGCGAGAGGCCCAGGACGGCGCCACAGUCCGAGCUCAACCAGUUCAUCCCGCCGCACACCCAGAACGAGGCCCGGUACGGCCAGUCGGAGGGUCCCUACGCCCAGUACCCCUACGCCCCGCAGACCCAGGCCGCUGCCACGCAGUACUCCCAGCAGACCCUCUACCAACCCUCCCUCUACCACCAGCAGGUGUCCCCGUACCAGUCCCAGUCCGUCUACUCCUCGGUGCCCACUCUCUCUUACCCCCAGAGCUCCCACCAGCCGUCCCAGCAGCAGGGCUACCAGCACUCCUCCCAAAUGCUCCUCCUGCAGCAGAAGGCCCGGCAGGCCACUCUGUCCGACCUGGAGCCCAAGAUCACCACCAACUACGAGGUCAUCCGCAGCCAGCCCCUCAUGAUGGGCUCUUCCUCGGCCGACCCCGGCUACGGCAUGGCGCACCUGGGCGGGGGCAAGUACGGCGGGCUGGACCUGAGGCUGGGCCUGGAGGAGCGGGGCAGCAUGGCCAGCAGCCCCAUGUCCAGCAUCUCGGCCGACUCCUUCUACGCCGACAUCGACCACCACAGGAACUACGUCCUCAUCGACGACAUCGGCGAGCUCACCAAGGGCUCGGCGGGGCUCUCCUCCGGCUUCUCCAUCCCGGACAAGGACCUGGCCAAGGCCGACCGGCUCCUGCGGGCCGCCGAGGUGCGACGCGCUGCCGAGGUAGCCGACUUCCUGGGGCCCUUGCAGACGUCGUCCAGGCUCCACCCCUACGGCAAAGGAGAGGAGGACUCCAUGGAGGAGCCCUACGAGCUGAAGCUGCUCAAGCAGCAGAUCAAGCAGGAGUUCCGGCGGGGCGCCGAGGGGCUGGACCACUUGACCGGCCUGCCGCACUACUACCCCGGUGAGAGCGGCUACAGGCACUUCCCCAAGGCGGAGAAGUACAGCAUCGGCAGGCUGACCCUGGAGAAGCAGGCGGCCAAGCAGCUCCCCGCCUCCGUGCUCUACCAGAAACAGGCCAAGCACAAAAAGGCCCUGAUGGACCCCAAGGUCACCAAGUUCUCCCCCAUCCAAGAGAGCCGAGACCUGGAGCCGGACUACGGCAGCUACCUGGGGUCCAGUGCCUCCUCGGUCAGCGCGCUGUCCUCCAGGGCGAGGCUGCUGCAGGACGAAAUCACCUUCGGCCUGAGGAAGAACAUCGCCGAGCAGCAGAAGUACCUGGGCUCCACCCUGGGGGCCAACCUGGCCCACUCCCUGAACCUGGGCCAGACGCUCAACCUGGGCCCGACCGUGCGCUCCUCCCUGGUGGACGACGGCACGUACCCCAGCGGUAGCAGGUCCAGGCCCUCCUCCAGGCCCUCCUCCGUCUAUGGCCUCGACCUCUCCAUCAAGAGGGACGCGUCCAGCUCCUCCCUGAGGCUGAAGCCGGACGGGGAGCCCCUGGACGCCUCCUUCGGCGCGGCCCCCGCGACGGCGAGAGUCAAGCCGACCAGCCUCCCCAUCAGCCAGAGCCGGGGGCGCAUCCCGAUCGUGGCGCAGAACUCCGAGGAGGAGAGCCCCCUGAGUCCCGUGGGCCAGCCCAUGGGCAUGGCGCGGGCGUCCGCCGGGCCCCUCCCGCCCAUAUCUGCGGACUCCAGGGACCAGUUUGGCUCCAGCCACUCCCUCCCUGAGGUCCAGCAGCAUAUGAGAGAGGAGUCCCGGACCCGCGGGACCUACGACCGGGACGUCGCCUUCAUGAUGGACGACCUGCAGGGGGCGAUGUCGGACAGCGAAGCAGGAGCCGCUUGCUGGGAUGCCGAAGCGUAUCACCUGCGCCACGAGGAGACCGAUUGGUUCGACAAGCCUCGAGAAGCGCGUCUGGAGAGCGCGCACGCGCUGGAGCGCAGACAGAUGAAACCAACUCACUACCCUUUCCCCCAUGCUAGAGUCAAGCUGCAGACAGAUCCGAAAGACCGCAGCGUGUCAGGGAACGGGUUGGGUAUAAGGGUCGUGGGGGGGAAGGAGAUUCCCGGGAGCAGCGGGGACAUCGGAGCGUACAUAGCCAAAGUGAUGCCAGGGGGCGCCGCUGAGCAGAUGGGGCAGAUUGUGGAAGGAAUGCAGGUGCUGGAGUGGAACGGGGUUCCUCUGACGGGGAAGACCUACGAGGACGUGCAGAGCCUGGUGGGCCAGCAGUGCAGCGGCGCGGAGCUGUGCGUCAGGCUGGACCUGAACAUGGUGUCGGAUUCAGACCACCCCCAGCACCUGGAGCUCCACAGCCAGGCGAAGGCUGAAAGGCAGAGAUCCCCGGGAGUCGACCCCAAGCAGCUGGCCGCCGAGCUGCAGAAGGUCUCCCAGCAGCAGGCGCCCUCUGCGGGCGCGUCCGGCGCGGAGAAAGGACCCCACCUCCACUCGGGCACGGCGUCGGCCGCCUCCAGCGCCGUGCCCAGCCCGGGCCAGCCCGGCUCGCCGUCCAUCAGCAAAAAGAGGCACAGCAGCAAGUCUGCGGAAACCGUGAAGUCUCAGGCCCACCCCAUCACCGGGGAAAUCCAGCUUCAAAUCAAUUACGACAAGAACCUCGGCAAUUUGAUCGUCCACGUCCUGCAGGCGAGGAACCUCGCCCCCAGGGACAACAACGGCUACUCGGACCCGUUCGUGAAGGUCUACCUGCUGCCGGGGAGAGGCCAAGUCAUGGUUGUCCAGAACGCAAGCGCCGAGAACAAAAGGAGAACAAAGCACAUGCAGAAAAGCGUGAACCCGGAAUGGAACCAGACGGUCAUCUAUAAAAACAUCCACCUGGAACAGCUGAAGAAGAAGACCCUGGAAGUGACCGUGUGGGACUACGACCGAUUCUCGUCCAACGACUUCCUGGGAGAGGUGCUGAUCGACCUGUCGAACACAGCUCAGCUGGACAACACCCCGCGCUGGCUCCCCCUGAGGGAGCAGAACGAGGGCGCGGACCACGGGACGUCCCGCUCGAGGCCGGGCGGCCAGCAGUCCCCCAAGCCCUCCGUCAUCAAGAGCCGGAGCCACGGCAUCUUCCCCGACCCGUCCAAGGACAUGCAGGUGCCCACUAUUGAGAAAUCUCACAGUAGCCCCGGCAGUUCCAAGCCGUCCUCGGAGGGGCAGGCGCGCUCUCACGGACCGCCCCGCUGUCAGGGCGUCGGCCCGGAGGACGCGGGCGUCGCCAUAGCGACCGCCGAAGCAGCCGCCCAGCAGCAGCAGCAGCACCGCCUCCAACCAAUUCGUAAAAAGAGGCGGCACAGACACAGCCUAGACGGGGCGCCGGCAAUUCAAAGGACUCAGUCUGACUAUCUGCCCGCGCCGGCCAAUGAGAGCAAAGACACGAGUCGCCUGGCCAUCAGGAAAGCGAUGUCUGACGGAACUCCGAGCGCGGAAGGAGCCAGGCCCGGUCACCGAGCAACCGACGACUCCAUGACGACGGCCUCCUCCGUCAACAGCCUGGGCGGCAACGACUGCAGUCUGGAGGGAGAGGGCGGAGCCAAUGCCGUCGACAGCGCCAUCUUCCAGGUCCCCCGCAUCGGGAAGCCUCUCCCAAAUGGCUCGGACAAGACCAGGGGGCCGGACGCUCUGAAGCCACCUGUAGGGAUCGGAGACGCGGAGGGUAAAACGCAGAUGAUGGGGGAGAUCAAAAUUGCCCUAAAGAAGGAGCUGAAGACAGAGGGAGAGCAGCUCAUCGUGGAGAUCCUCCAGUGCAGGAACAUCACCUACAAAUUCAAGACCCCCGACCACCUCCCAGACCUGUACGUGAAGCUCUACGUGGUCAACGUGGCGACGCAGAAGCGAGUGAUCAAGAAGAAGACGAGGGUGUGCCGGCACGACCGGGAGCCGUCCUUCAACGAGACGUUCCGCUUCGCCAUGAACCCCGCGGGGCACUCCAUCCAGCUCUUCCUGGUGUCGAACGGGGGGAAGUUUGUGAAGAAGACGCUGAUCGGCGAGGCCUACAUCUGGCUGGACAAGGUGGACCUGCGGAAGCGGGCGGUGAGCUGGCACAAGCUGCUGGCCAGCUCCCUGCAGACCCACCCCUAGGAGACUGGCGGAGAGGGGUCGCGGAAAGGUCAAGGGGCGGGGCCCCGCAGGCCAGGCCGGGGUCUUAAAGGAAGGGAGGUUGGGAAUGUCCGGGGACGCUCCCCUUUUUUGCGGGGAGCGAGUGGGCGGAGCUUAUGAGCCGAGGACACGCCCCCACCCCCCCCACCGUCAUUUUCCCAGCCGAAAACCCAGGCGGGAGGAGGAGCCUGGCGUGAGACGGACAGGCGCUCACGGGGGAAGGGGGGGGGGGUGGGGAGGAGGGGCCAAGGAACGAGGUGGCGGGACGCCGGACCGGCCAUCUUCCCGCGACGGGGGCCGGCACGCACCGAACCCCGCGCCGCAGCCAAACCUGACGUCGCAAUGUCACACCCCAGCCCCGCCCCCCACCCGGCCCCAUCGUCACGCCGCCUCUGCAGGAGGGAACAAGCCACAGAAACGUGCCGGUUUAUUCCGUUUUUACAUUCAUUCGCAGAAUCCAUUUUCCUGCCGUUUGCAUUGCAGUAUUCCACCAACCGGAGACACAGUUCAUUCCUGGUAGACAGCUUUUUUAAAUUAUUAUUCAUGAGUCUGUCUUGAUCAUGAUUUGAGUCGAUCUACAAAGCUGCAGUCCAUAUUUUUAUUUUUGUAUUUCGUUUUUUUUUCACCUGAAUACUGGAACAAAGGUUCAACAAAGAAUUGUGGUCAGGGAACAGAGAAUCUAUUAUACUUUUCACCGUAUAAUAAUAUCGUAGAUACAUAUUUUUCUUCUUAAAAAGUAUGCUUGUGACUGAAGGCAAGGCCGUAAAAAUGGAAAAUCCUCUUUUUGCUGCUAGACCCCUGUGUCUUAACUCAUACGUGUAUAUUCGCAUAUAGAUAUAUGAGAAAUACAAGUUGGAAAAAUGUACAAAGUAUGCAUUUAAAAGAUACCUGAAAGAAACUAUAGAGGUCAGUGUGCAUGGAUGUAGUUAUGGUGUAAAAUCACACUCAUGCACAGAAAUGAAAUUAGUUUAUUCAUGUAAUAAAUAAGAUUUAUUUUGUACAUAUUGGAGUAUUUUGUGCGAAAAAAUACACAUAUAUAUCCUGUCACAGACAAUCCUGUUGGUUGAUUAUGGUGUAAGGUGUUAUAAAUAUGUAACAUUGAGCACAAGUGAAAGAUAAAUGAUUAAAUAUGUACUGAGAACGGAAUUCAGAGAGAACAACUACUGUAUAAAAUUUAGGCGCCAUAUAUUUUUGAUUUCAUAUCAUGGAAAAAUAUCCCUUUGAUGCAUAGAGUUGUACUUUCCAAAGUAUGGUUUACACUAUGUGAUGUCACAGAAUGUGACUUCCUGUUCAGAGAGUCCAGCACGGCCAUGAUUUUAGUUCUGUUCAAAUGUCCUGGAAGUCUUUUUAUGGGUUUGAAGUCUACAGUCGUAUGAUUUUUGUCUUUUACACAUUUGGUCAGAUGCUUAGAAACUGCCUGUGUCUUACCGGAGAAGUUGUUGGUAGAAACUUCAGCCUCGGCUAAUUACCAGCCAUUGGUGAGCAGCUGAAGGUAAAUUGUAAGCAGUUGGUACCAUCAAAUCACAGUUCAUGAUUGGACAUGUGAUCCUUUUUGUAUCAUGCGACCGCUA